AUGCUGGAACACGGCUCUCUCGCCGUCGCGGUCGUGCAGCGCCAGGUGAUGAUCGUCGAAGCCGCACACGCCCACGGCGCGCGCGACGCGUGGGUGGACGUGUACACGUACACGCCGCUCGGGGCGCGCGUGUUCCUCGCGUCGCCGGUGCCGCAGGCGCGGAUCGCGGCGCGCGACGUGCUCGCGGUGCUCCCCGCCGAGGACGCCGGCGCGGCGCGGCGCGGCGGCGGGGGCGGAGGCGGCGACAGCGGGGGUGCGGGGGCGGGCAUGCUCGAGCUCCCGCCGCACGCGUUCUCGGAGUACCUCGAGUUGAGCACGCGCGCAGCGUCGCGGCACGAGCAGCUGUUCCGUGCGGCGGCCGCGGCGGCGGAGAAGCCGCAGCGCGCCAGGCGGUGGUUGGUGAUUUGA